UUAAUGAUACAAAAUAACCAGUGGAUGGUAGCAAUUAACUUUUUCAGAUCUGACUUCACACCAGUAACCGACCUAAUGGAAGAGGCAAAAAAGAAAAAUGGCAUACUCACCUGCUGGAAAUUUGGAAAAGUUUGACGCCGGACCAGAACAUACUACGGGAUCCCAACCGACACUGACUGCCGACGAUGCCCAGCAGUCAGACAGCACGGACGGGCAGAAUAUAACCUCUCACCUUUCCGACAGACCUCAAGACCGCCAGACAUCCAGUGUCCAAUUGAUCGUCAAGAAGAACUUACCCAUCAGUCACGCAGGAGGCCCCAGGCCCUCGUCUCCUUGUUGGUCAGUCAAUAACACCAUGGAAGAACUUUUGAGGAGCAAUGCACAGUGUGAAGACUUCAAGCAGCUAACUAGUUGUCAAGGAGAAAAUCCCCCUCAGUUACAAUGGGGGAGCUCCACUGCACAUCACCCUCAUGUUAAAAAGGAAGAGGCAGAUUGUCAAACUCCCCUUGUUAAAGAGGAAGAGGAGGAAACAGACGUCAGCAAGUUGACAGUGACUGUUGUCUCUGUGAAAAAAGACGACGACAAAGAAAAAACACCCGAGGGGUCCCAGCUUCAUCGUCGCAGUUCAACUGCAGACCACCAUGAAUUACCACUACCAGACAAUCUUUUGGCUCCACUUUCAGACGGUGACAACACAGAAGAACCUUUAAGAACCAACGCAGACUGCAAACAUCUUGAGAAACAUUCCAAAAGCUAUGAAACGAAGUCGACUCUUGAUAAGGAAAUGUCACAAAAGCGCACAAAACGUGUCACCUGCUCAGCUUGUGGCAAAACCUUUGCUACAAAACAAACUUUGAUAACGCACAUGAGGACCCACUCAGGAGAAAAACCUUUUGGUUGCACAUUUUGUGGAAAGGUAUUUUCUCAAAAGGGACCGAUGCUCAGACACAUGAGAGUUCACACAGGAGAAAAACCCUUUAGUUGCCCAGUUUGCAGUAAAACAUUCUCUCAAAAAGGAAGUAUAGAAUUGCACAUGAGAACACACACAGGGGAAAAACCCUUUAGCUGCUCAACGUGUGGCAAAACAUUCUCUCAAAAAGAAAAUAUGGUGACGCAUAGGAGGAAACACACGGGAGAAAAACCCUUUCGCUGCUCAGACUGCGGUAAAACAUUCUCUCGGAAGGAACAUGUGACGACACACAUGAGAACACACACGGGAGGAAUACCCUUUAGUUGCCCAGUGUGCGGUGAAAGCUAUGGUCAUCGGGCCAGCUUGACUGAACAUAUGAAAAAACACAAUCCAGAGAGCUAAUGAGUGCUCUCUUGCUCAGUUCUGUUGGCUUUGACAUUAAAGUGAUGAUGUAUCACACAAUGGCAGACAAUUGCGUGAGUCAUUUUGAUCUGAGUCACAAGUCCCGACCGAGACUUACCUGUUAUGGGCAAGUUGAGUUGAGUCACGAGGUUAUGUUGAGUCGAGUCAUAAGGUUAUGUCGAUUCAAGUCUUGAGGUUGAGUCGAGUAACAAGGUUGUAAAGACGAGCCGUGUCAAGUCGAAAGGUUGUCUAGUCUCGUUAAAUUUAG